GUGCAAUGUCAGGGCACCGUUAAGGACCCAACUGUGGUGGAAGAUGGCGUCCACCUUCAGGAAGUCAAACGUGUCCUCCACCAGCUACAAGAGAAAGAUGGGUCCUAAGCCUGAACUCACAGAAGAUCAAAAGCAAGAAGUUCGGGAAGCCUUUGACCUCUUCGAUUCUGAUGGGAGCGGGACCAUUGAUGUGAAGGAGCUGAAGGUGGCCAUGAGAGCACUCGGCUUUGAACCCAGAAAGGAAGAGAUGAAGAAAAUGAUUUCAGAAGUGGACAAAGAGGCCACAGGAAAGAUCAGCUUCAAUGAUUUCUUGGCUGUGAUGACUCAGAAGAUGGCCGAGAAAGAUACUAAAGAGGAAAUCCUGAAGGCUUUCAGGUUGUUUGAUGACGACGAAACUGGGAAAAUUUCAUUCAAAAACCUCAAGCGUGUGGCCAACGAGCUAGGGGAAAGCCUCACAGAUGAGGAGCUGCAGGAAAUGAUCGAUGAAGCUGAUCGUGAUGGCGACGGAGAAGUGAACGAGGAAGAGUUUCUUAAGAUCAUGAAAAAGACCAACCUUUAUUAAGGAACUGGCUGGGGUCCUUGCUUCUGCUUUUGUGAAAGUAUAAAAGAACAGCUGAGGUCUGUUCCUUCUUCCUGCCUUUUGUCUUGGUUGGCUUCUAAGCCUCUAGGUCAAUUAUAAAUUUUGAAGAUACUAUGUGAGUUCUGUUGUUUAAUUCUCAAGAAUAAAUCUCAAUUAAAGAUCUUCGAAGCUGGAGUCCACUCACUGCUUGCCAUGUUUCCUGGGUCAAACAAAACUGUGGUUCUCUGGUCACUUUAGUGAUUUUAAAUGGCAUGCAUAUACUAGUGAUUCCUUCAUUUCAAGUUAAGAAUACUAGCAUGGUCGGUUAGAAUUUGCCAGAAGGUUCAUUCUAGCUUUUCACCUAAGUGGAUACUGCUCUGAAGGAUACUAAUGUGGCUAAUUAAGAAUUACUUAAAUUAAGGAAAGAUGUUCCUCAAUAGAACUUUGCUUG